UCCACCGAGAAUAAUCGGGGUGAGACCACGUCUGACCAUACGUUACAGACCCUCUCCUUUUCGUACUUAAAAAAAAAAAGUCAUACUUUGACUGCACUUGGGAAUAAAGUUGUUACGUGACGUGUCAUGUCAAGUACAUCUCGAAGAUGGACGGAAAUGAGAUCGCUGUGAAUUACCGUAGAUAUUUAGAGAGUGAAAGUUGACGACUAAUUAAAUUUACCUCCGGCCUAAAUUCGGAAAUUCAAGGCUAAUUCACAUAAAAAUUCAUUUCAAUUUUUUUAGACAAAUCAAUUAUCAUAAUUAUUCAAUAAAUCCGGAAAUUCAAUAAAUCAAUUUUUCUUGUAAAAAACUAUCGGAAUUGAGAAAUCAAUGACAGAAAAACCGGAGAAAAUAAAUAUUGUGAAUCUGCUUUCAUUGAAGAGAUACAAUUGCAACAAUGGAAGUGCCUGCAGUGCUCUGUCAGGUGUUUUUAAUUGCAGUCUUGGUCAUUGCGCGAAUAUGAGCGAAUUGAUGCUCUGCCAUCACAAACCUGACGGAAUAAUCGUUGACAGUGAGAAAGACAACAUGAAACUCAACGGUUUCUUCAGCUGCCAUAGCUCUCGCUGCACAAAAAUAAAACGCCCGUUCUCCUGUGACCGUUACUGCCCGAGAAUCACCACCAGAAACGUCAACGUUUUCCUGAUGCAGGAUGACAAUAUCUACACCGCACGUUGCACCAGAGCACUGGCUCUUAAUCGUGCCCGGGGCAAUCUCCUGGGCACGAGAUUGGAUAACCCGGAAAAAAUUUGGGAUGACACCAACGGCCUGGGAUUAAUCACCAGCUGUUUCGCUGUAAAUAGAGCAGGAAACACCAUCAGGACCGAGGACUGCGUGAAUGGGAGUUUGGUGGAGGAGAGGUCUAUACCCCAGCCCUUCGUGAAUUUCACGAGUUUUUUGAAAAUCUACGAGAUGAAUUUGGAAAAUCCAGUGGAUAAAACUGACGUCUAUCUGCCAUCUCAGAGAUCUCUUACUAUUUAUAAUACCUCGAGGCUUUAUAUCAAUCUCGAGGGUUGUGUGAAUACAUUGAGGGGAGAGUGCAGGGAUUUUCUGAGAAGCCACGGGAGGGAUGGGGAUAAUCAGACUGCACAGAGUAGAUAUCCCUGUUAUUACAACAAGAAUGAUUCGUUCUUCGUUGUUGCGCGUUUCAAUCUCGAGAAGACACGCAUUGAAUUAUUAAUCGCCACUAUUGUACCGACAGUUUUAUUUUUUAUCAGUCUGACGUCAUUGAUUAUUAUCACUCGGUCUGUGCAAGUGGGGGAUGAUGCAAAAAUGCGAUGUCGUUAUUGCACCGAUGGACAGGGAAAUGAGGAUGAGGACGAGGGACUCUUCGAGGCUAAUUCAUCUACUCCUCAAGGUAUCUCUAAUGAAAGUGAAAUACGGAGUGUACAACUUUAGCAGUUCAAACCGAAUUUCAAAGAUAAU